CUUAUUCCGAACGGAAAGCUCUCCUUGUUCAGCGCUCAGCCUUCAGUGUUCUAGUGCUGCUUUACUGCGACUGGGGCACGACUACUACGCCCCUUAUAUCCUCUUUCUAACCUGAACCAUCAUUGUCACUCAUUCUUCACUCGCUCGCUCAACUGACGACACAUCGAGAAAGUAAUCAGAUAGACCGAAAUCAUGUCAAUGAUCAUGUCGUUCCUCUCGAAAAUCUUCAAACCACUGGCAUACAUCUCUUUACCCGUCGUUCUCAUUCGCACUUUUGCAAUGUCUUCUGCUAAGGGAAGAUAUUACGUCCGACUUGGGAUCUAUUUCGCGUCUCUAACCACGGUUGCAACUGUAGUUGCUUUUAUCGGAGCAGUAAUGGCGGUUGGAGGGCAUCGAGACGACGUCUGUUUUGUGUCAGCGAGGCUUUUUUAUAUGUUGGCGAGCCGUACUAUAGGCAUUACAGUCAAGGUGGAAGGUGAAGAACACUUACAAACUCGGCCUGCGGUCUAUAUGGGCAAUCACCAGAGCAUGUUGGAUGUACUUUUUAUCGGCAAAACAAUGCCCAAGAAAGCAACAAUUACAUCUAAAAAAUCAGUGCAAAUGACGCCUUUAGGGCCGUUCAUGAUGGCGGCUGGUGCGAUAUUUAUCGACAGAGGGAACAAUGCUCGGGCUAUUCGCUCGCUACAAGCCGCAGGGGAGUUGAUGAAGAGGAAGCGCACAUCACUUUGGAUGUAUCCUGAAGGCACCCGCCACCUGUCCGAAGUUCCGGAUAUGCUUCCGUUCAAAAAAGGAGGGUUUCAUCUCGCAGUCCAAGCUGGUAUCCCCAUCGUUCCGGUCGUGACAGAGAAUUACUGGCACCUAUAUCACGAGGGACACUUUGAAGGUGGGCAGGCGAAGAUCCGAGUUCUACCUCCUGUGCCCACUACUGGCAUGACUGUAGCAGACAUUCCAGAACUCAUUGUCAGAGUACGGAAUCAAAUGUUGGAAGCUUUGCGGGACAUUUCUCGUCAAGUUCCAGCCGAGAAGGAUGGCGCGACGGAGUCGGCUAAGGACGAAGCCUCGCUGGGUUCGCCUUACGAUAGAGACGAGAAGACACCUGGUCCCAGCGUCCCUUAUGUUCCCGAAGUCGAGGAUCCGACCACGUUUGCGGGUACCCGUGGCGUUUCAAUUAUAGGGAGAACAGUGUCAAUGACAUCCCUUUCUUCAAGUCAUGGGGUUAGGACUGCGAGUGAGAAUGGAACGGAGACAGAAGAGGAUGAAGGAAUGAUCCUUGUAGGUAAACCCACCUAGGUGUUAUCAUCUCUACCAGAAGGAAUACAUACUUGAUUUUUGAGGACCUUCA